UAGAUGGUGUAGUGUUUCACAUUUGCUCGCUGCGAGUUUCGCUCCCGCACAGCGCCGAGCAUUCGUUGCUAGUCAGUAGUAGUGAGUCGAUGUGUGUAAGUCAGUGCACCUGGCUUCCCAAGAAUCUCUCCUUGUAGCAGUGUAGCUGGGCGCGAGGUACCCGUACUGUGUCGGAGCUUGCGGCUAUAGUGUCUGUUCGUGGAUGGUGCCUACGCCUGUGACUGCUAUCGGUGGCUAUCUCUCUCUCUUACACACACGGCGAUCGGUUAGAUCGUACCUCCCCUCGCACACAUCGUUUGUCGUGCACGUGCGCGCGAGAGCAGCGACCUCCAGCGGCCAGCGUCAUCGUCAUGGAUGAACUAGCGGACCUGGUCCUACACAAGGACACGCCCAACUCUUCAUGGGGUUUCCGUAUGCAGGGCGGCGUCGACUUCGAUUGCGAGCUGAUGGUCCAGAGGGUGUUCAUCGGGAGCCCGUCAGAGGGCGAGCUGCACCGCGGUGACGUCAUCGUUUCCGUGCAGGGUGUGGCGGCGGCCAACCUCAAACAUCACGAAGCAGACGAACUGAUCAGACGUGCUGGCAGCACACUGUCACUGCGCGUGCGCAGGUUUUUGAACAAUAAAUUUCAAUUCAAUAAAUUUCAAUUUCAAUUUCAAUUUCAGCUCCCGUCGACUGGCAAGCCAUUCGUCCUACAGACGGACGAUAAGAACAAGCAGAUCGUACAUGCGCAGUUCAACUCGCCUCUGAACAUCUACUCCACCGAGAACGUCGUCGACACAAUACAGGGACAGACCGGCUACAGGCCCGGAGCAUUCGUUCCAAGCGCCACCAUGCGAGCAGUGUACGAAGACGAGGCUUACACCACCGGUGGCGCCCUCCAGGUGCAGGAAGCCGAACCAUACCAGUCGAAGUCCGUCAAGCAGCUGCAGAGCAUGUACUCGUAAGCUGCGCAUGCGCACGCCUGCCGACGACCCCGACGACGACAA